GAGGAGUAGAUGCCGGGAGUCCUACCGACUCUCUCCAUUGAUCCUGAUCAUUCUCAUUUCAUUCUCUGGAUUUCUUCUACACAGUGCGCGCGCGUGUGUGCGUGCGUGCGUGCGUGCGUUUGCAGCUGAGUGAGUGAGUGAGCGAGCGAGCGAGAGAGUGAGUGCGCGCGUGCGUGAGUGUUUUCCUUUCUUUCUUCCUUUCCUUUUCUCUUCUUGCCGUUGUUGUUGUUAUUGUUGUUAUUGGUGUUGUUGUUGGUGGUGGUGGUGUUGGUGUUCUUGUUGCCGCCGCUGCUUGUUCAUUUCCGCUCCGAGUUUGGAUCAUGAAUAAACUGUACGUGGGGAACCUGAGUCCCUCGGUCACAGUGGACGACCUGAAGCGGCUGUUCUGCGAGCGCGAGCUUCCCGUCACCGACCGCACGGUCUUACUCAAGUCCGGUUACGCUUUCGUUGAUUUCCCUGACCAGAAGUGGGCCAUUAAAGCCAUUGAAACGCUGUCAGGGAAAGCGGAGUUGCACGGAAAGGUGAUCGAGGUUGAUUAUUCCGUUCCCAAAAAAUUAAGGAGUCGUAAGAUUCAGAUCCGGAACAUUCCCCCUCACCUGCAGUGGGAGGUUUUAGACAGCUUGUUAUCACAGUACGGCUCAGUAGAAAACGUGGAGCAAGUGAACGCUGACUCAGACACAGCUGUGGUGAACGUCACAUACGCAUCGAAGGAAGAAGCUAAAGAGGCCAUAGAGAAGCUGACGGGCCACAAUCUGGAAGAUCACUCUUUCAGCGUGUCCUACAUUCUGGACGUGGAGGGCGGCGGGAACGAGAGUGAAGCGGGACCCCAGGCCCAGCAUAGGGCGUCCCGGGGAGGCAGGGGGACGCGGGAGUCUGACUCCGCCCACUCCGGGGCCAUGGGGGGCCUGCAGGGUGGACACCACACGCACCAUGAGCUCCCGCUGAGACUGCUCGUCCCCACACAGUUCGUAGGAGCCAUCAUUGGAAAAGAGGGACUCACCAUCAAGAACAUCACCAAGCAGAGCCAGUCCAAAGUGGACAUCCAUCGUAAGGAGAACGCAGGGGCUGCGGAGAAGCCCAUCACCAUCCACUCGUCUCCAGAGGGCUGCUCGCACGCCUGCAGGAUGAUCCUGGAGGUCAUGGAGAAAGAAGCCACCGACACCAAGACUGCAGAGGAGGUCCCUCUGAAGAUUUUGGCCCAUAACAGUCUUGUAGGACGGCUGAUCGGUAAAGAAGGCAGGAACCUGAAGAAGAUCGAGCAGGACACUGGGACCAAGAUCACCAUUUCACCCCUGCAGGAUUUGACCAUCUACAACCCGGAGCGUACCAUCACAGUGCGGGGCGGGGUGGACGAGUGCUGUAACGCAGAGGUGGAAAUCAUGAAGAAGCUGAGAGAGGCGUACGAGAACGACGUGGCGGCCGUGAACCUGCAGACCGCACUGAUCCCCGGCCUGAACCUGAACGCUCUGGGGAUUUUCGCUCCUGCUGUGCCUGUCCUGUCCUCAGCCGCCGGGCCGCGUGGAGUCGCUUCACUUCCGUCCACCUACAACCCAUUACUGGGUCAGGCGUCAGCACUGGCUGGUUUGUACGGCUCUCCUCCUGCUUUACCUCUCCAACAAGCAGCUCCGGAGCAGGAAGUGGUGUAUCUUUUCAUCCCCACACAAGCAGUCGGAGCUCUGAUAGGGAAGAAAGGACAGCACAUCAAGGAGCUGGCGCGGUUUGCCGGAGCUUCUAUCAAAAUCGCUCCAUCAGACAGUCCUGAUGCCCCUGAGAGGAUGGUCAUCAUCACCGGCCCUCCUGAAGCCCAGUUUAAGGCUCAGGGUCGGAUCUUUCGAAAGCUCAAGGAGGAGAACUUUUUCACCCCUAAGGAGGAAGUCAAGCUGGAGACGCACAUCAAAGUGCCUGCUGCGGCCGCCGGCCGAGUCAUAGGCAAGGGCGGGAAAACGGUGAACGAACUGCAGAAUCUCACCAGCGCUGAGGUCAUCGUUCCACGGGACCAAACACCUGAUGAGAACGAUGAGGUCUUUGUGAAAAUCAUCGGCCAUUUUUUUGCUAGUCAGACUGCGCAGCGGAAGAUCAGGGAAAUCAUCCAACAAGUCAAACAGCAGCAACAGAAAAACCAGCAGGGGGCAGCAACACCAUCGCAGCACACCAAGUGACCAGCAGGGGGCAGCCAGCAAGCAGCACAGCAGCAGCAGCGGCCUAUGAAUGUAGCUCUUCCGAGCGCAAACCAAAUCGAGCAAAUAAAAAGGCGCAAGAGAACGAAAAAAAAACAAAAACAAAAAUAAGCGGGAGGGAACACACACGAGAAGGACAAGAAACAGGAUAGAAACCAAAGAACCUUUUUAAGACCUGAGCGAGCCUCAGUAUGAGAGCAAAAACAAACCCUGCGUGCGCUCCGAAUAUCCGGGCGAGCGUGCCCGCGGGUGACGGGUGUUUCAAAUUCUGACCGUGUGGAGAUGCUGUGUAACGGUACGCUGGGCUGGAUCUGUCCUCUGAGAAGCACACGGUAUUAGCGAAGCGGAAAAAUCCUGGCUGCCUGUGAUGACGAUGAUGAUGAUGAUGAUGAUGAUGAUGAUCUUACCAGCAAACUUCGUGCUUCUCUCCACACCGGAGGGGAAGCAGCAGCCGCAAGCACAUUCAGGCUGAGUGCGCGCACACUGUGUAAAUGUAGCCUGACUAGCAUUUAACAACAUGGACUGUCGAGCGAGUGACACAUAACUACCUGAGGGAGUGCAGAGUAAAGACGAGUAGGUGUGUAACAGUGUUCACUGAUUUAGAAGACCAUAAUGUGCUUUCUAUCGAGUCGUCUCUAGCCUUAGAUAGUUAAAAAAAAAAAAAAAGAUUAAUAAAAACAAACAACAAGGAUACCUAGGGCAGAUUUUCCAACUCAUUUAGCAUGCUGCACUAGCGGUUAGCAUGUCCCCAACACUCUGAAAUUUCCUUAGCAUAGAUGCUAAUGUUGCACUUUUUUUUGGGGCCUUUUUUUAAUCAGGCUGUUAAUGUGAAUAAAUAGCCAGGCGCAGGUUUUAGUCGUUUUUAAAGCUUAGCAUAAGAUUCUUUUAAAAUCAUCCUGUAAUUAGCCCCCGUGCUAACCCGCUACUCCCGGCUUGCUUUUUUUUUUCUCUUUA